UGGCUUUCGACUUGUCCUUGAGCACCAGCUGGUUUUCCUUUCAAUCCCCAUCUCGAAUUGUUAAACGAUCAUGAGCGCAGCGCGAAGCGAAAGUACCACUGCUGGUGCAAAGAAAAAGAUGACAUACGUCCGGCUUGGAGACUCUGGUCUCAAGAUCUCGCGGUUGGUUAUGGGUACUAUGCAGUAUGGACAUAAAGACUGGCAACAAUGGUUACUCGGCGAAGAGGAGGCCGAGGCCCAUAUUAAGGCGGCCUAUGAUUUGGGAAUACAAACUUUCGACACUGCAGAUGUAUACUCGAACGGCCAUUCUGAGAUUAUUCUAGGAAAAGUUAUCAAGAAGCUGAAACUUCCUCGUCAAGAAAUCGUAGUAAUGACAAAGCUAGGAAACGUUGUUGGAAAGGAGCCAGGAACUUGGUUUGUGGACUCUGGAAAGAAUGCAGAUGAGUUUGGAUACGUCAAUCAAGGAGGACUUAGUCGGAAGCAUAUAUUCGACGCUGUUAAAGCUAGCUUGGAAAGGCUUCAACUCGACUACAUUGACGUCCUGCAAUGUCAUCGGGCAGAUCCUAUUACUCCGAUCGCAGAAACGAUGAAAGCUCUUCAUGACGUUGUUCAAGCAGGUUAUGUUAGAUACAUUGGCAUGGGAUCUUGCUGGGCUUACCAGUUCCACGCAAUGCAAAAUUAUGCGAUCAACAAUAACCUGACGCCCUUCAUCUCAAUGCAAAAUCAAUACAGCCUCGUGUAUCGCGAAGACGAACGAGAGAUGUAUCCUGUUUUGAAGAUGCUCGGUGUUGGUUCGAUUGUAUGGUCUCCAUUAGCUCGAGGUUUACUGAGUAGGCCAUUGCAAGAAGGCUCAGAGAGGGCCAAUACCGACAGAUUUUUGCCAUACUACCGGAAUGGUCCUCCGGAAUCAAAGGAAGUCGUUAAGAGGGUCGAAGCAAUGGCUAAAGAAAAAGGAAUUAGUAUGGCGCAACUUAGUAUUGCUUGGCUUCUUCACAAAUCAGGUGUAACGGCACCUAUUGUAGGAUUUACUUCAAUCGAACAACUAAAUGAGCUAGCCGGCGCAUUGGACGUGCAGCUGACCGCAGGUGAGAUUGUGCAUCUGGAAGAAUUAUACAAGUCCCGGCCUGUAAUGGGCUUCAAAUAAUUAGUGAAAGCAUUUCGCUUGAAUGACAAAUUUGUAUACCAAUCGUGGAAUUAAAAUAUACAUAGCAUUAUGCUCAUUCUCAGUGAGCUUGGA